AUGGCCCCUGUCCCUCAGUCGCCGGGAAGUGGCUAUGUCCCAGCGCUGACGCCGAGCGUCACCGGCACGCCGUCGGCCCCGGAAGAGAAGAUGAGCGUCGGGGAAUACCUGAAGUCUCGUGUCACUACGCUGAAGCCGCCUAUGCAGAAAGCGGAGAACCCGUUCAAGGUUCUUGGUCUCCUCAAUCGUCUCCAGUGGAUGCAGUUUUUGGUUGCGUUCAUUGCGUGGUCCUGGGACGCGUUUGACUUCUUCACCGUUUCAAUGACGAUCGAGGAGCUGGCGGAGGAGUUUGGCAAGAGCAAGACGGAUAUCACGUGGGGUAUCACGCUCGUGCUCAUGCUGCGCUCGGUCGGCUCGAUCACAUUCGGUAUCGCAUCGGAUCGUUGGGGACGCAAAUGGCCUUUCGUGGUCAACAACAUUCUCUUUAUCGUGCUGGAACUCCUCACGGGUUUCUGUAAUACCUAUACGCAGUUCCUGUGGGUUCGUGCCUUCUUCGGCAUUGCAAUGGGCGGUUUAUAUGGCAACGUUGCCGCGACAGCUCUAGAAGAUUGUCCUCCUGCCGCCCGUGGUAUCAUUUCGGGUAUGAUGCAACAAGGAUACGCUUUCGGUUAUCUCCUGGCUGUCGUCUUCGCGCGCGCUCUCGUUGACACUACUAGCCACGGCUGGCGCCCACUGUUCUGGUUCGGUGCAUGUCCGCCAGUUUUGAUCAUCAUUGCUCGACUGUACCUUCCGGAAACGAAGGUGUACCAGGAGCGCCAGGCCGUGCGCGAGGCCACGCCAAACAUCACCAAGACAUUCAUCGCGGAGGGCAAGGUCGCGUUCAAGCGCCAUUGGAUGCUACUGACCUACCUGGUCCUGCUCAUGGCUGGAUUCAACUUUAUGUCCCACGGAUCGCAGGAUUUGUACCCGACGAUGCUUAAGAACCAGUUCGAGUUUUCGGCCGAUGAAGUCACUGUAACGCAGGUGGUCGCUAACCUCGGCGCUAUCACCGGCGGCACACUGGUUGGAUACUACUCGCAGAUUUUCGGCCGUCGUCUGACUACACGGACAACACUAAGGUCAUGA